AAUUAGUAAAUCUUUCAAUGCAGAGAAAAAAUUCUUACGCAUAAAGACGAAAACGUUAUAGCCGAUAAAUUUUAAAAUGAUUGAUAGACAUUAUUGUAGAUCUGUGUUAAGCGUAAAUCACCAUAAUUUGUAUAACUUUGAUUUUUUUAAUCGUAUAUUAAAGAAAUUAACAAAUUACUAAAUUUCAUAGUAGGUUUUAUCUUGGCUUUGGUGACGAUAUUGAUUAUCUUCUUCACAGAAUUUAUGUUACGCAGCAUGAUGACAACUCACACUACUUUUAAUUGCAAGUGAGUGGGGAUAGUACAGCAAUUUAAAAUAGUCUGUGGGAUAAUUGAAUACGUCCUCCUGGUUUGUAGCUGUGUCAACUCUCCUUUAACGAAAUUCUAAAUUGUCGCAUUAAGAUCAAAGUGAUCCUUGUUUUUUUUACCACCAAUAUAUGUCAUUCAAUAAGCCAUUUAUGUUUACUAUAUUAUGGUUUCAUGUCAGGAAAAACACGAUGAAUAAGCUCCUCUUUCGAGGCCAUGAAGUAACAGAAACCCGUUAAAAAUGUUAUUAAUCCAUCGAGGUGUCAACUGCGUCGCUACCAUUUUCAACUAUUUCUACAAUCGCAGUAUGAUAUUGUUAAAAAAACACUCGUAUGUUAUUUGUUUAUUGGCGAUUCUUUAUGUGUCGCCACAAAUUAAAUGAUUUUAGGAAUGUGAUUAGUUCGUCAGCAACAGUUGAUCCAGGAAUAGUCUGGCGAAAAUCCCCUGCCAACAGAAUCAUGGCUUCACCAAAAAUAUUUUCAUUGUCGCGUAAAUCUUUUAAAGUCCUGUGCAGUACCUCCAGCGACUUGAAUAUCUGGAAAAUCUUCUUUAUAGCUCUUUUUUUUGGCGAUUUUGCAGACUGGUGUUUGGUUGAUUUGCAAUUUAGGAGUAAUUUCAAGGCCGAAUUGCCGUUUGUCUGCCUACUAACAGGUGCCAAGUUGCCCCUAUUCCCAUUAUAACUGGGCGUUGAAAAUGAGUGAAAUCGGUUCAGGAAUUACCUCAACCCUCAUGUACUAUAUAUGCUGAUUUUUGUUAUUCUAUUGGACUUUAUUUCAAAUUGUGUGUAAUAAAAUUACGUCAAUAAAUUGCGAGAGUAUAAAAUGUUUGGUUGCCUUUCCCUACUUGUUACAAAUUGUUUUGGGCUAUCGACAUAGCCUUAUACAAUUGAACAAUGAUAAAAAUAUUUUAAUAAAGCAACAAUGACAACUUUCAAAAUAUUAUUAUUUUUUGUUUUGUUUUUUUUUUUUAUAAUUUUGUUGUCAAUUCAAAUAAAAUCAUCUUCUUGUUAUCUUCCUCACAAUUUUUCGAUAUAUACUAACUUUCUAAUACUUCCCGGGCCUUCCAUAAAUAUUUCAAAACUAAAAUUAGCCAGAUCGGUUUGGCUCUUCUUGACUUUUUUCGAGACUAACGACACACAUUGUUUGCAUGGGUGAUUAGAAAAUUGUGGAUUUAAUCAUUGCGAUAUAUCCGAUCUGGGAAAUCUCAGUUCACCGCUCAAAUACAAUGUGUUCGAUUCAAAUAUACAAAGUUUGGAGGGCUAUCAAUAUUUCACAUGGAAUAAGAUGAUCAAAGAAAGCUCUUACUUUGAAUUUACCUGCGAAGAUGGAUAUAAACUGGAUGGCGAGAAUCGUUCAACCUGUAUGAAUAAUGGCUGGAGUAGUGCUGCACCUACUUGCAUUCCCUUGUGUGAUCUAAGUCUGGUUAGUCCGUGCACAGCGCCAUUACUCUGUCGACACAAUCACAAAACAUCUUUCUUUAACUUUGGAAACAGGGCUGACGUGGUGCUUCCAGGGGUACAUGUAGACUAUAGUUGUGAAGAUGGUUAUGAACUGGAUGGGGCAAUGUUCAUAACAUGUACGAACAAUGGAUGGAGUAAUAGGAUUCCUACUUGCAAGGAAACUGUUUGUGAUGUUAGUAUAUUUGCGGACUGCACUUAUCCGUUAAAGUGUAAGAUAUAUGAUCGAACGCUACGAAAGUAUAAGAGUAUCUACAGAAGAGACAUCCCGGAAUUAUCAAAUAACGAAAAUUUAUAUGUAAAUUGUGAAGAUGGCUACACUCUGCAAGGCUCACAAUAUUUAGCCUGCAGAGGAAGAAAAUGGGAUGGCAUUAUGCCUAAAUGCUUUGAGAAAAUCUCUAAAACUUGUGAGCAGGAGAUAUUAGAUAACUGCAUUUAUCCAAUGAUUUGUGAGAGAUUCGAGUCAGAGUUCAGUGAUUUUAUAAAAGUAAAGUUUAGUUGUGAAAAUGGUUAUAUGUUGGAUGGCGGAAACUCUUUAACUUACACAGAUGGCAAAUGGGAUCACAAUCUGCCCAAAUGUAUUGUAGCACAUUCUUGCAGCGGUCAUCUCAUACCCAUCUGUGAACACCCUCUUAUUUGCACGCUUUUCGACGCAAAGUCAAAAUCCAAGCAGAAGAUAAUUAAUAAUAAUAUUAUUCAGUCCACAAAUUAUACUCUAGAUACGCAAAUUAUUUUCAGUUGUGGAUACGGUUACAAAUUAAAAGGCGCGGAACAAACCACUUGUGGUUCGAAUGGUUGGAGUCAUGAGCAAAGUCUGAAACUACCGCAAUGCAGUGAGUUAAUUUCUCAAUUAUUUAAUCUUGUUAUACUCUCGCAACAAAUGUUGCUAAAGAGAGUAUUAUAGUUUUGUUCACAUAACGGUUGUUUGUAACACCCAAAACUAAACGAGUUAGAUAUUUAGUAUAUUAUAUAUACCAAAGUGAUCAGGGUGAAGAGUGGAGUUCAAAUCCGAAUGUCUGUCUGUCCGUCCGUCCGUCCGUCCGUCUGUGCAAGUUGUAACUUGAGUAAAAAUUAAGAUAUCUUGAUGAAACUUGGCACACUUAUUUCAUGGCACCAUAGGAAGAUUGCUUUGAAAUGAGCAAAAUCGGACCACUGCCACGCCCACAAAAUGGCGAAAACCGAAAACACAUAAAGUGCCAUAACUAAGCCAUAAAUAAAGCUAUGGAAAUAAAAUUUGGUAUGAAGGAUCGCACUAUAAAGGGGCAUAUUUGGAUGUAAUUUUUUUGGAGAAGUGGGCGUGGCCCCGCCCCCUACUAAGUUUUUUGUACAUAUCUCGCAAACCAAUAGAGCUAUAUAAACCAAACUUUCUGCAGUCGGUUUUUUUAGCCACUUCCUAAUACAGUCCAAAAAGGAAUGAAAUCGGAUCAUAACCACGCCCACCUCCCAUACAAAAGUUAGGUUGAAAACUACUAAAAGUAGGUUAACUCACUAACGAAAAACGUCAGAAACACUAAAUUUCACAUAAGAAAUGGCAGAUGAAAGCUGCACUCAGAUUUUUUUACAAAAUGGAAAAUGGGCGUGGCGUCGCCCACUUAUGGGUCAAAAACCAUAUCUCAGGAACUACU